GGCAAUCAUCAUAUUUUUCUCAAACAAAAGAAAAUACUGAUGAAAUAAUUAAAGAUAAAUUACGUUUUUAUACAAAAUGUUUAAAACAAUUAGCAUCGACUUCGAAUAUAAAAGAAAAAUUUCAACAUGAACCAUUAAAAAGUGAUUUAAUGAAUAAACCGUGGUGUUUAGCUUAUCGAAUAAUUGAAAAUAAUGAAACUAUUUUUGAAAUAGUAAAACCAACUGAUGUUUAUCUUAAUGAUGAUCAUCAAUCAGUAAUUGAUCUUCAACCAUUAUGUGCACCGGAUGAAUUAGAUAUAAUUAAAUUAUAUGAAAUAUUUGGAGCACAAUGGUUAUCGGAAACUGUAAAAAGAACUUUAAUUCAUACUGGUCAAAUAUUUACGACAGAGCGAAGUAAACAACUUUCGGAAUUGAUUGAUUAUCGUUUGGAUAUGUUAUUUGUAAAUAAAAGAGGAGAUUAUUUAGAAAAUAUUGAUGAAAAACGUUUAGAUUUAUUACGAAAAAAUUUAUUUGUUUAUGAAAGUGAAGGAAUUCAAUGUGAAAUAACAUUUCAAGAUCGAACAAUUAAAUUAGAUAAAUCAACAAAUUGUAGUUCAUGUGUUCUUGAAUAUGAUAAAAAUCAAGUGAAUUUAUAUAUUCAUAAAGAUCUUCCAACACUUGAUUAUAUUGAUAUUGUCAGUGAAUUAACUCGAUUUGUUCAUCGAAAACCACUUGAAACAUUAGUUCAUUCAAUUAGUGAUAAACUUUCAUCACCAUUAGAAACACUUAAACGACGUGGAAUACCUGUUGAUAGAUUAUUAAAAAAUAAACAACCGCUAAAAUUAUUAUUGAGAAAAGAAAAUAUUUUACAAGAUUUUGAUUCUCAUUAUCAACAAUCGAUAGAAAAAGCAUCAGAUGGAUUUCUUCAAAGUUUGAAAGAUUUCUUAACUCCUUCAAUUGAAAAUUAUUCAAGUAAUAUUAAAAGAAAUUGUAUAGAUGAUUUUGGAAAACAUCAAAAUUUAAAUAAAAUUGAUUUGAAUCAAAUAACACAAACAAGUCGUUCAUAUUCACAAAAUGAAUUUCAACAUUCGGAAUAUUCACGACGUGAAAAUAAUAAUUUAUGUGAAUAUAUUCCAUC